UCCACUCGAGCGCCAGCUCCAGCAACAUCAGCGGUGCGGAGUGCGCGCUUUACUCCCUCAGACGCACUUUAACGCGCUUUAUGCACGGACGUAUUCAGCUGGGAGGGGGUCUUCGGGGGUCUUAAAGAGGGCCGCUGUGGUUGUGGUGGUGAGAGGCGCUUUAACGCGCAGGGCUGAGCGCUCCUCCUCCUCCUCCUCCUGCUCGACUCUCUCUCUCUGAAGCUCUGAAGCUCUGAAGCUGUGCAGCUGUGCUCCUCCAGAAACCUGGAACAAGGGGAGAACAUGAUGGAUCAAAGGCUCUUUCGCUACAUCGUUGCGCUCCUCGCUGUCCAGCCUGGAGCUCCUUUUAACCUGGACGUCGAGAAGCCCUCCGUGUUCUCCGGACCGCAGGGCAGCUAUUUCGGGUUCUCGGUGGACUUUUUCAACCCUGCUGACAAACAGUUGAACAUUCUUGUAGGUGCACCCAAAGCCAACAGCUCAUCCCCUUCCCCUGUGUUGGAGCGAGGGGCGGUCUACAGCUGUCCCUGGCAGACCGGUGGUGUUUGUACACAGAUACAGUUUGACAGCACCGAUGACCGGUAUCAGGAUGGCAUGCAGAUGGAGUUCAAGUCCAAUCAGUGGUUUGGUGCCACAGUUCGUUCCGAUGGAGAACACAUCCUGGCGUGUGCCCCGCUGUAUCAGUGGAGCACGUACGGGUAUAAGGAACGCGAGCCUGUCGGAACCUGCUACCUGAAGAAGGGAUCAACGGUGGUGGAGUACUCGCCCUGCCGCUCAGGUUCACCCACGCCUGAAGGUCAGGGUUUUUGCCAGGCAGGAUUCAGUGCUGACAUUAUAAAGAAUAAACGGGUCGUGAUUGGAGGGCCUGGAAGCUUUUACUGGCAAGGCCAGCUGAUAUCAGACGACAUUUCUGAAGUCAUCAACAGAUUCAGUCAGAAGUUCAUCACACCUUACAGCAACCAGAUGGCCACUAAGACAGCCAGCGCCCAGUAUGAUGACAGCUAUUUGGGGUACUCUGUGACGGUUGGUGACUUUAAUGAGGACGGUAUGGAUGAUUACGCCACUGGAGUUCCUAGAGGGGAGAAGGCUCUGGGCUAUGUGAACAUUUUUAAUGGGAGAAACAUGGAGUCCAUGGUGAACUUCACCGGCCAGCAGAUGGCUGCUUAUUUCGGUAAUGCAGUGGCAGCGACUGACAUCAACAAGGACGGGUUUGUGGAUCUGUUAGUUGGAGCUCCUCUCUUUAUGGAGCGCGGUUCUGAUGGUAAACUGCGCGAGGUUGGACAGGUGUAUGUUUACCUGGGCAAAGGUGGGUUCUCCUUCAACCCCCCAUCAAAGCUCACAGGAUCAGAGAUUUACGCUCGGUUCGGCAGCGCCAUCACCAGCCUGGGGGAUCUGGACAUGGACGGCUUUAACGAUGUGGCCAUCGCUGCGCCGUAUGGAGGUUCUUCACGGCAGGGUCUGGUCUACAUCCACAACGGGCGUCCCUCAGGGCCCGAUCCUCAGCCCUCUCAGGUUCUGGAGGGAAAGUGGGCGUCGGCCUCAAUGCCUCCCAGCUUUGGAUACUCCAUGCACGGAGCCACAGAUAUAGAUCAGAACGGAUACCCUGAUCUGGUGGUCGGUGUGUUCGGAGCUGACAAAGCUGUUCUGUACAGGGCUCGGCCGGUUAUCAGCGUGAACGCUACUCUGGACAUCAGACCACAGAUCCUGAGCCCAGAGGAGAAGACCUGCCAGCUGCCUGGAACCAACACCAUGGUGUCCUGUUUCACGGUGACAUACUGUCUGAAGGCCAGCGGUAAAGGAGCGCCGUACACUCUCAAAUUCCAGGUGGAUCUGACUCUGGAUCGUCUGAAGCAGAAAGGAGCUAUUAAGCGUGUUCUGUUCAUGCACACUCGACUGCCUCAGUACACCAAGUUCACCACCGUGUCCAACGGUCAGGGGCCGUCCUGUGAGGAGCUGCAAGCAUAUCUCAUAGAUGACUCUGAGUUUAGAGAUAAGAUCACUCCUAUCUCCAUAUUUAUGGAGUACAGUCUGGACUAUGAGAGUGCGAUGGAUAAAACUGGCCUUCAGCCCAUCCUGGACCAGUCCACCCCCGCCAACCUGACCAAACAGGCCCACAUUCUGCUGGACUGUGGUGAUGAUAAUAUCUGUAAGCCUGACCUGAAACUGGAUGUGGUCAGUGAUCAGAAGCAGAUCUAUAUUGGAGAUGAUAAUCCACUGACCCUGGAGGUCAGCGCGGCGAAUGGCGGUGAGGGGGCAUAUGAAGCAGAGCUGCACAUCUUUAUGCCUCCACAGGCCGACUUCAUUGGGGUAGUGAGGAACAGUGAGACGCUGUCCCGGCUCUCCUGUGCUUAUAAAAGAGAGAACCAGACCAGAGUAGUCUGCGAUCUAGGAAACCCCAUGAAAGGAGGAACCAAGAUUAUGGCUGGUUUGCGCUUCAGUGUCCAUCAGCUGUCGGAGCAGGACACCUCCGUCAAGUUCGAUCUGCAGAUACAGAGUUCAAAUCAGUUCAACAAGACUAGCAACCUGGUGUCCAUCGUCACAAAGCUCGCUGUUUUGUCAAAAGUGGAGAUACGAGGUGUUUCUGCCCCUGAGCAGAUUUUCCUGCCCAUUGCUAACUGGCAACCCAAAGAGAAGCCAGUUCUGGAGGAUGAUAUCGGACCCCUUGUCCAGCACAUCUAUGAGUUGCGGAAUAAAGGUCCAAGCACAUUCUCUAAGGCCAUGCUGGACGUGGAGUGGCCAUACCGCUUCAACAACGGCUCUCUGCUCUACAUCACCAAAUACGAGGUGGACGGGGCCAUGAACUGCAGCACUGAUAUGGAGAUCAACCCACUCAACGUCUCUAACCCCAUGUUCUGGGAUAAAAACGUGACCAUAAUAUCAGGUGACCGGACGGAGGGGCGGAACAGGAACCACGUUCACCGCCGAGACCUGAAGGACCAGCAGGACGACGGGGACAAGCUCACCCUGGACUGUGAGAAGGCUCAGUGUUUGAAGAUCAAGUGCCAGGUGGGCCGUUUGGAGAGAGGUCAGAGUGCCAUACUGUACAUCUACUCCAGACUGGCAGUGGCCACCUUCCUGCAGGCUGAGAGUCAGAACCGCUCAUACCUUGUGAAGUCUUUGGCCACAUUCAAUGUGAUCGAGAUGCCAUAUAAAAACCUGGAUUUUGAGCUGCCAGGCAACAAGACCUCUGCCAGUCUGAACGUGGUGUGGGUGAUCAUUACUCCGCCCGACCCUGCGCCUGUGUGGGUGGUGGUCGUGGCUGUGUUGGCCGGCCUGCUGCUGCUCGCUCUGCUCAUCUUCAUCAUGUACAAGCUGGGCUUCUUCAACCGCGUGCGUCCGCCUCAGGAGGACGGGACGGAGAAAGAGCAGCUCCAGCCGCAGGAGAACGGCGACAGAAACACUGAAGCCUGAGAGACUCGUCCCCCAAAAACACUCAUCCUCUAACUUACCCUCCACCAACGCCGAGACUGCAGAGACACUCCAGACCGCGACGAGACGUCCAUGAGCACCGACAGCACGGCAGCGUUCUCCAAACAUUCAGUCCAGAGACAGAGAUCUGCUCUGGAUGGUUAAUAUUAGGGAUGGGCGUUUGAGUAGCUGCGUUUCUGAAUAAAUAACAUUCAAAUGUCCCAACACACACACACACAUUUAUACUGGGGCAAAUGUUCCUGUAGUGCUAAUUAUAAGGCAGAUGUAACGGCCACACCCACUUUUUAAAAGCCUCUAUAUCUUAAAAACGAAUGAAUAUGCAAGCCUGAAAGGUUUACCGUAAGAUUAUUGCGUGCCGUUUGCAUAAGACUGACUUUUUGGUUGAUUUAAUGAUUCAUCUUUGUGUUUCACGUUGCAUAGUUUGACCUACAGAUUGAUAACUUUACACCUUACAAAUUUACAUUAUUUCAUUUCGAAAUAUUUCCGUACUCAGCUCUGCUUAAAUGUGGCUAUUCUGCAGCAAACCUACUUAAAAUUACUAGAUUGUACACAAUUUAUUCCAUUUUUAUUCCACGUGGCUUAUUCAUGUACGCGAUUAGUUAAUCA